AGUCUACAACAGACGCCAUAUUGUAAGCGUGUCUCGGUUUGAAGCGAAACUUGUGCCAUAUUGCUUUAUAAAAAUUAAAGACACAGCUGUACUUCCACAAUGCAAGGAAGAAUGAAGGACGAGCCUGGGAAAGUGUUCGUCGGGGGAUUAAGCUGGAAUACAGAUCAAGACAUGUUAAAGUCUUAUUUUUCUACAUUUGGUGAUGUUGUUGACUGUGUUGUUAUGAAGAACCCACAAACUGGCAAAUCUCGUGGAUUUGGAUUUGUGACUUUUGGAAAUCCUGCCAUCAGCGAAGUUGUAUUGACUGGCCCAGAUCACAUGAUUGAUGGACGUAAAGUGGAUUGUAAAGCAUGUAAUGCUCGAUCAAUGAAUCAAGGAGGAGGAGGUGGUGGUGGUGGUCCUGGAGGUCCCGGUGGUCCAGGGGGACCAAGAAAUAGAAUUCAGUCUCUGGGUAGAGGAGGUCCAAGAGGUGGUGGAGGCGGACCAGGGCCAGGACAAGUUAGUAAGAUUUUCAUGGGAGGAAUACCAGGUGAUGCCAAUGAGGAGGUCUUAAGAGAAGUAUUUGGACAAUAUGGACCUGUAGCUGAAAUUGUAAUUAUGUAUGACCAAGAAAAGAACCGUUCUAGAGGAUUUGGAUUUCUGACGUUCGAAAGUGAAGAUAGCGUGGACAGAGUUUGUCAAGAACAUUAUAUAGAUGUACAUGGAAAGAAGGUUGAAUGUAAGCGUGCUCAGAAUCGUCAGAAAGAGGGACCUGGUGGACAAGGCCCCCCUAUGAUGGGAGGGGGAGGUAGAGGAAGAGGUAUGGGAGGCAGAGGUGGACACAGAGGUCCCCCAGGACAUGGUGGUCCUCCUGGACAUGGCCCCCCUGGUCAUGGCCCUCCAGGUCAUGGACCUCAUCAUGGUCAUGGUGGUCAUCAUGGGCCACCAGGACAUGGUGGUCCCCCAGGAGGACAUGGAGGUCCUCCACCUCAUUUCCAACCCCCACAUGGCGAUGGAGGAUGGGGUAAUGAGGGUGGGCCACAAGGCCCUGGUGGGUGGGGUGGUGGACCACCUCCUAAUGGAGCAGGCUUUCCUCCACAAGGAAAUAACUUCCAACCUCCACCACAGCAGCCAACACCAGGCUAUGGACAACAACCAGCGUACAGUCAGUCUAGUUAUGCUCAGCAGCCAGCCUAUGGUACUCCACCAUCUCAAGCUUAUGGAGCACCACCACAGCAAGCGGGAUUCCAGUCCCCGGGAGCCCCUCCACCUGUAGCAGCCACUGCACAAGCUCCAGGAGCCCCACAAGCUUUUAAUUCUUGGGGAGCACCUCCAGCAGCACAACCUCCAGCUCAGACAAGUUAUGCUGGUUACACACAACCUCCAGCAACAGCUGCAGCUGGGUAUGGUGCACAACCUGCAACUCCUGCAGCUGUAGCACCAACACAAACUUAUUCCCCUUAUGCCCAGCCUCCAGCUGCUGCUCCAGCACCGCAGUAUGCUGGUUACCCAGCACCUGCAGCAGAUCCUUAUGCCCAAGCAGGCUAUGCUACCAUACCAGCCGUAGCACCAACAGUUCCAGCAGCUGAUCCAAAUGCUUUACAAGCUGGUUAUAGUUAUGCAGGUCAGUAUCCACAGGAAGCUAGUAGUUACGGUCCGAGUAGAAGCUUUAGUCAGAGUCCACCAUCUGGAGCUCAGUCCGGUUACAGUCAACAAGUUUAUACCGCCCCACAAGCUCAAGGUGCUUACGCAGAUCCAGCUGGCUAUGGGGCUGCAGGUGCCCCUCCAGUACAAGCAUAUGGUGGACAAGAAGCACAAGCAUAUGCUGGAUACAGCCAGCCUCGUGCUCCACCAUCUGCAGGUGGUGCACAGCCUUACCAUCCAUACAGACGAUGAUGUAUGGAUAUAAUCAUCAACUAUUUUAACAAGUAUUUUACUCCUCUGAUGCAGGCGAAGUGUAAUGUUCCAUGCUCUAGUUUGAUCUGAAAACAAAAGGACAUCCAUAUAUUCCACAAUACAGACAUCUUGAAUGAGUGUUAUUGAGUAUAAUAAUAGUGUUUAAAACACUUGUUUUCAGACAUAUUUCAUAUGUAAGUUCCAUGAACUUGUACAUUUGUUUGUUUUCUUUUUAACGUCCAUGUUAUGUAAAUGUCUAUCCUUGUAAUUUAUGUAUGUAUCUCCUGGGUGCGAGAAGCUUAAAAUAACAAUUUUAAGGAUAAGUAUUUUAAAUGAUUGAACAUUGUCAAUUAAAUUAAUUUAAAACUAACAAAAUACAGUGAUUGUUUAAAAGUGUAUUCAUGUUUACUGAUUAUAAGGUUUGAUAAUGUUUAUCUGUCGGGAGGUUACAGAGGAAAGCAAGAGACUAGUUUGGAUUUAUUGUUGUUGUAGGACCAGAUGAUUCAGAAUGGUGAAUAUAGCUUAACAUUAUCCUCUGAUUCUAGCAAGACUACUAUAAAAAUACAGGUCCCUGCAUUAGAAUCCAUCAUUUCAUUUCUUGUAUAUAAUUCAUGAUUCAUUCAUAUUGUACUGAAUACAGAAAUAAAUUAUCAUCCCUUA